AUGGAGCGACUUUUGAAUGAGCUCAGCUCACUGCUGAAGAUGUUGGACCAUGAGACGGUCAGUCCUGACACUGCUGAGAAGAUGGCUUCUGUACGGAACAUCCUGGAUUCACUACAUAAAUCAGUCAAUGGAUCAGACAUCUACAUGAACAGCUGUCUUUAUGGAAACGGCACUAGCUUUGUAGAGUCUCUGUUUGAGGAAUUUGAUUGUGAUUUGCACGUGUUCAGUGCAUCUCCAGUGGAACAGAAAGAGUCUAAAGAGGAGAAGACACUUCUUGUUAAAUCUACACCGACCGACACGCCACCACCUCUGCCAGCCACCCCUCUCCCUGACGAUUACUAUGAAGAGGCUGUUCCCCUCGAUCCUGGAUCCUCCCCGCAGUAUUUUACCACCAGUACAAACACUUCCAGGAACUCUGUUGAAGAUGCCUACUAUGAAGAUGCUGACAAUAACUACCCCACCACUCGGAUCAAUGGGCCCCCCAAAUCCUCCAACAAUGACUCUGAUGCACUGAGCAGCUCCUACGAAUCAUAUGAAGAAGACGACGACGAGGUCAAGGGACGGGACCCGUCUCGGAAGUGGAAGAACGAGGGAAGUCCAGAUGAACCAGUCAAAGAUUGCCGCAUCUGUGCCUUCCUGCUGCGAAAGAAACGCUUCGGCCAGUGGACAAAGCAGCUAGUAGUUGUUAGAGACAAUAAACUCCAGUGCUUUAAGAGCAUCAAGGAGACUGCCCCCAGCACGGAGCUCCCACUGAAUCUUUGCAACGUCAUCUAUGUCCCAAAGGAAGGUCGGAAAAAGAGGCACGAGCUGCGCUUCUCGUUACCUGGAGGCGAAGCUCUUGUCCUGGCAGUUCAGAGCAAAGAGCAGGCCCAGCGAUGGCUCAAGGUAGUCCAUGAUGUUGGCAGCCAGUGUAACAACACAGAAGGACUGAAUGGAUCCACUUCUCCUAUUAUACAAAGGAAGAUGGAGGUUGAUAAGAUGUUGCAGACUGACAGACAGACGUCAGACUCGGACAGUGGACCAACAGGAGACAAUCAGUCAAUCGCACAGGGACCGGGACAGGACACCAGUGACUCGCUCAGCAGGGGGAAGCGCGGCACAUUCUCAGAACUGACGGGCUCGAUGAGCCGAGCUGCAGGGAAGAAAAUCAAUCGGAUCAUCACUUUCUCCAAAAAGAAACCUCUUUCAGGAGAACCUCCCUCAUCUUCAGGCCACCAGGAUAACCCUCGCUGUGGGUUUCUCAGUGUGUGUCUGAGCUCUUCCUGGAAGGAGCGCUGGUGUGUGCUGCGAGAUGGAAACUUGUACCUGCAGAAGGACCCUGGGGAUCAGCGGCCCCCAGUUGUUGUGGUGCCCCUGAAGGGUGCCGAGGUGGUACCGGGUGGCCUCGGACCCAAACAUCCCUUCUCUUUUUGCAUCAUGCAAGGGGGAAAUAAACUAGCAGCUUUAGAGGCCAGCUCCUCAGAGGAUCUUGGCCGCUGGCUGGGGGUUCUGUUUGCAGAAACCGGCAACACCACUCUUCCUGACGAGCUGCACUACGACUACAUCGACGUGGACACGCUCACUGACAUACGGCACGCUGCCAGACACUCCUUCCUUUGGGCCACCACCACUGCCACUUCCUCCAGCAGUGCCUCAACAGACUCCAGAACCUAUGAUGAGGUUUAUGAAAGUAUUGAGGAUGAGGAAGUGGAAAGCAAAGCAGGUCAGGUGAGACGUCACGCCUCCUUCUCCAGCAGGGGCUCUGAGAAAACCGAACAACAGGCUGCCAUUAAAAGACACGUCUCCAAUGUAAAUCAGUAUGGACGCUACGGGAAGACGCGUGCAGAGGAGGAUGCUAGGCGGUACCUGAGACAAAAAGAUGAACUGGAAAAGCAAAAGGAGGAGCUCAGAAAUGCAUUGAUCUCCCUCCGCCGGGAGAAGAGGGAGGUGAAGGAGGAGAUGAAGAGUGAAACAGCUCAUGGUAUGGAAAAGCGGCUAGCUGAGCUGGAAACGCUGUGCAAACAGAAGGAGGAGGAGAGGGUGGAGCUGGAGCUCAAACUGACAGAAGUCAAAGAAAACCUGAAGAAAUCCCUGGCGAGAGGAGCGCUCGGACCUCCCACUGACACAAAAAUCUGUGUCAAGACUGCUGGAAAUAAAGUAGAAAAGGUUUACAGUGAGACUGUACCGGUGAACUCUGCGUCUGAGCUGCGUAAACGUCCCCCAUCUCUUUACGCCUCCUCCAAGGGGAACGUCAUGCAGAAGGCAAAGGAAUGGGAGUCAAAAAAGGGAACAUAGAUUGGACAGACAGAUGGACAGGAAUCACUGAGAGGAACACUAACUUUUAAUUUGUGGCAAAAGAAUGUGUCAAAGAAGAACGCGUUGGGAGGAAGAAAGCUGGUGCUGAAGAGGACUAAG